AUGACGGUCGCCGAAUCGCCGAUGAGCUUCUUGGAUAUCAUCAAUGAGACUGACAGCACAACUGGCCAGCUGCCCCGAACAGUGCAGCUGCUGGACACGUCCAACGGAACGGACACUGCAGCAGCCUGCAAUGCCUCACUUGCCAGGCUUAUCGACACUGCUCAAGCUCAAGGUCUCUUUCCCAAGACGCUCGGUCGGAAGCCCAAGGGCGAGGAUUUUCGGAUUAUGGGCGCCAUGAACUACCAAGGCAAGAAUGGUCUGAUCCAGAUGCAGCGUUCUGCCGCUCCCUUGUUCGGGAUCGCAAACCGUGGCUCACACAUGACGAUGUAUGUCAAGUCGAAGGAGACGGGGGAGAUCAAGAUUUGGGUCCCUCGUCGGAGCCGUCAUCUGGCAACCUAUCCCGGCAAGCUCGAUAACACCGUCGCGGGAGGCACGAAAGCUGAGGAGUCCCCGCUCGAAUGCAUUGUCCACGAGUCCGACGAGGAGGCAUCUCUACCCGAGGACUUCGUGAGCAAGCAUGUUAAGGCCGUGGGUGCGGUGACAUACGUCACCCAAACCGGCAGUGGAGGAGGAAAGGACCAGCAGGCUGCUGUUGGUGGAUACGACACGGGACUUUGCGUUUCAGACGUGAUAUACGUCUAUGAUCUCGAGGUGCCGGCAGACCAGGCAGAGACGAUGGUGCCAAAACCGAGGGACGACGAGGUCGAGUCUUUCUCUCUGUGGGAUGUGGAAACCGUUAAGAGGGCAAUGUCGAACGGGGAGUUCAAAGCUAAUACGGCAAUGGUGAUGGUCGAUUUCUUCAUAAGGCAUGGCAUUAUCACGGACGACAAUGAGGCGGAUUACAUGGAGAUAGAAAAGUUUCACCAAAGCAAUGACAUGAUAUUGGGUAGCACCCGCCUCCACACUGUCGGCGUCUGCAGCACAGGCCGCAUAUCGGAAACUGUAUUGGCCCACCACGAAAGCGACCAAAAUGGAGCGGACGGACGAAAACCAUGGUGGAGGAUUCAAUGGUUUGCGGAUGAGGACACUCACGACGAGAGGAAGCUAAUCGCCAAGCUUGACCUCCUGAUCGUUCCUUACGCAUUCCUCGCCUACUGGACCAAGUACAUCGACCAAGCAAACCUGAAUAAUGCGUACGUCUCCGGGAUGAAAGAUGACCUCGGGUUCAAGGGCAACGAGCUGGUCCAGUUGCAGACCAUGUACGUGGUUGGCGCUGUCGUGGGCCAGAUUCCGUUCAUGUUCCUGUUCACCGUGUUCCCGAUGAACUGGAUCAUUCCGUGCCUUGAUGUCUGCUGGGGCAUAUUCACAUUGCUGCAAUUCCGUGCCAAUAGCUUUGCUGAGAUGGCGGCAUAUCGUUUCCUAGUCGGCUGGUUCGAAGCAGCUUUCUUUCCUGCCAUGCAUUAUAUCUUUGGUGCUUGGUAUAGAGGGGACGAGAUCGCUCGACGGGGCGGCGUGUUCUACGUUGGGCUCACGCUUGGGACACUGACCGCUGGCCUGAUUCAAGCUGGCGCCUCAUCCUCACUGCACGAUGUCAACGGCCUCGCUGGCUGGCGUUGGAUGUACAUAAUCUGUGCCAUAAUCACCAUUCCUAUCGGCAUUCUAGGAUACUUCAUCUUGCCCGGGACGCCAGAUAUGCCGAACAGGAUCUUCCUCAAGCAGACUGAUAUCGACUUGGCAACACAGAGGCUGAAGAGAGCCGGACACGCGACCACGGGUAAAUUCCAGUGGCGCGUGAUCAGACAGCUCGCUACGAAGUGGCAGUUCUGGGCUCUCGUGUGGCUCGACAUAUUCUUCUGGAACGGCAGCAUAAACACGUCGACCGGCGGGUUCCUUCUGUGGAUCAAAAGCCUGAACCGCUACUCGACGCCGAAGGUCAAUGAGCUCGGCACCAUCUCGCCGGCGCUGGGAAUAUUCUACACCCUGUUUAUAUGUUUCGCAUCGGACCUUUUCCUCGGCCCUGCCUGGGCCAUCACUGUAGCGCACACCUGGAACAUCAUCGGCCUUAUUAUCCUGGUAAUCUGGAAUGUUCCGGAGCCGGGCCUCUGGUUCGCGUUUGCCACCACGUACUCUGCCGUGGCCAUGUCCAGCGUUCUGUACGGCUGGGUUAAUCACCAGCUACGGGGCUCGCCGGCCCAGCGUGCUUUCACGCUGGUGCUUAUCAAUGCUGUCUCCCAGUCCACCACGGCGUGGACUCCCCUGCUUGUCUUCCCGACCGUGGAAGCACCCAGAUUUACCAAAGGCUACUCCUUCGUCUUGGCGAAUGCCAUCUGCCUGAUCGUGCUGGCACAUUUUAUACGCAUUUUUCUCAAGCGGCAAGAAUCGGAUCCAGACACUGCUGAGGCUGGGGCUUCAGACACCGAGGGCGUGGUUGCGGUCCCCAGCACGGAUGUGGCUAAGACCGAUUCCGUCUGA